AGAGGAUUUCAAGUCGAAUCCGAAAAUCUCAGACGCAAUUAAGCCAAUUCUGUGCUGUUCUAACCAAUUUGCCUGAAGACUGCACCGAAGUGCGUGAAAUCACGGAUGGUACCACUAGACUAGUACAGAACUUCUUUUAGACUAGUAGUACAGAACUUCUUUUAGUAAUCAUGGAUCACUUUAUUUAGACUAGUACAAGAACUUCGGAUUCAGAUUCGACAACUUUCAUUGAAUUCAUCAUGAUUAAUAUGCUGAUGAUCAUUUUCGAACUUCUCCUGGUCCUCAGCCCUCACGGAGCCGCUGCCUAACGCUCCGCUCCACGACGAGGCAAAUGAGCGAUUUUCGCAACUAGUGCAUAAGGAUGAUAUUUAUGACGAGUAAAAAUGUAAUAUUUAUGGCAGUCUGCACUGAACUUUGUGCAGCGAGAUUAAUUGUACUUGUACAUGUAGAUGUAGAUGUAGGCAGCUGAAUAGUUCAAUCAAGACAUUAUACUCAGUUCUCCUGUUCAUCCUCUCUGCUUUUUUACUGCAAUUAGCAAAACGAACACCCCUUCAAUAUCAAUGAACUCCAAGCACGACUUGGGUUUCCCUUUCCCAACGUUCUAAAACCAAGUCGGCGUCUCAAUCGCGUACGAUUACAAAGAUGACGCUGAUUUGAUCAAUGAGGCGGUUGAGAUGUUAAUUCAGGCAAACGACCCUGUCUACGCGGAAGCAAAUGAGGUUUUAGACGACCACUCAGUAGACGUGGACGACGAUUCGGGGUGCGUCGCACAAUGCUGCUCGUCUUUUGUGUUAUGUAGAUAGAAUGUACUCAGGCAGCUUUGUUGUUGAGUUGUCACGUGGUUUGCAAAUGAAUGAAUGAAUGAAUCACUGACUGUGUCUUGCAACAUCCAUUCUGUUUCUCGACUUCACUACACUCUCACGAACUACUUCUUCUCCUUGAUGCUGGUUUCGUAGCUUUCUUGUGUGUCCUCCAUCGCGGGGGCCUUGCAGCGCCUACCUGCUUCAUCAUGAUUCUCACCCCGCGCCCCCUUCUCUUCUCCUUUCAUGCUUCUCUGCGCUCGACCCGGUCCUUCUCACUCUGACAAACGCAGGGUGGAUGUACACAAAACGAGAUAUUUUACAGCGCGCAGAGGAUAUAGAACCAGAGGUGAUGCAAAUUCUGCCACGAUUGAAAACGGAAGGAACAGCUUACGUAGUUUUGCAGACACCGAAUGCUACUUCGAGAUUCGUUAUUAUGGAAGAGGAAAUAGUAGAGCUAGAGGUAGGGGAGAGCGCAUCCCUUUCCUUUCCUGCUACAAACCGCUAAUCUCCGACGUGCGGACUAUAAUUGAAUGUAGUGGGAGAUAGCUGAAGCUGUCAGUGCAAGAGGUGCUGCGCAGUCAGCUAUCCCUGAUCUCUUCGUCCUUUCUACACUCUUACUCCACCGAAAUACUGAUCUUAGAAAGUCCUAGGUUCAUCUUAUCACUAUCUCCUUUCCUGCUACAACUCGCCACACCCUCCAACCGCUAAUCUCGGACGUGCGAGAAUCGCACCAUUGAAGAUUCGGGGUAACAAAGUGCAUGUAGGGGUAAUGGCGUAUCCUGCUGACGAGAUCAUUUGGGAGGGUUUCAGUAACGAAGACAAUAGCGCAAACAUUAGCCUGGCAUGGGCGACGAUGUGGGGAACGUUCAUCGGAUACAUGUAUUUUUCUUGAUGCUGCUAAAGCUGGUGAUGGGUUUGACUGGUUUUGGUAUUUGGUAACCUGAUUUUGAUCACAGGGCUUCUCUUCUUGUUUUCCUUAGGAUCGAAAUCAGGCUACCAAGAAAUUACUAUACCAGAGCCAUUUACUGUUUCUCAUGAUGUUUGCUUGACUCAUGAUGGACGUGGACGAGAACCGUUGCUCAUAAGAAUAGGGUUCUAAGUCGUCGUCGUCCUCCUUUUCCUCCUACACCUACUCCACCAAUGUUGUAUACCUUCCUUCUACAAUGAAUUAUCAGUGAUAUAAGUAGUACUUAGAUGAGUGUAAGUAACUAUGAGAAACUUAUAAUAAGUACUAAUACACGACGCAAACAAGGCUCCUCUAUAUCGCGUACGCUUACGACUUCUCAACUGGAUUGAUGGUGGCUGGUGCAGAGGUGGAUGCGCUACAGGAGAUGAGUCUGUCGCUCUUGAUGGCUAUGGGAACUGUCUUGCUGUGUAUCGUGGUGGAGGCAGUGAUAGACAACUGGAACGACCGUUACAAACACGAAAAAUUCCAGAGAAUGUUUGAUUACGGUAGUAUUUCUACUACAAUUUGCACUUGGAAUGUAAGUAGUUUUACUUAAUGAGGUUCUUUGAGAUCUUCUACACUCUUCGCUUUGUUUGUGAGCAUAAUCUCAAGAAUCACCUUUCCAUUUCCUAGCCCACCACCAGCACUAUGUCCAUCACCACCUCACUCAACGGAGGUUACUUCUUCUGCGCCCUCGUUGUCCUCUCCGAUUUGGGUGUCGUCCUGUCCAUGUCUCAAGGACAACAGUUGAAUGAAGCAGCUAUGGGCAAUAUGCAAACCAUUACGCAGUUCCUAGCUUCAGAGAUGUACAAUAUGAUCAUGCCAGGAUACUUGGUUCUGCCCUACAUCGCCGAAUCAUUGUUCGAUACGCUGGUGCCGAGGUAAGAGGUUUUUUGCUUUUCCUGAGGUUGCUCAACACACGAUAAAAACAAACAUUUUGUGUCGCUUUACGAAACGAUGGCGCCUGAGAGAACUUCCAGGUAUUUUGUCAGCUCAUGUGGCUGCUCACUGCUCUUUUCAAACUUCAUCUUCACUAACAACAAGGUAUAUCGGCUCCGUUGUUGUCGGCGCACGACCAGACAUGUCACAUUGGCAUGCUGAGAAGGCCCUAGAAGGUCCAGAAAUCAUGGGCCCAGUGUGGCGAUACGUGGAUAUGUGUAACUUUUUUACUGUGACUUACGAACAGGAUUGAAAGUAUCUAUAAGUAGCUCGAGCUUCACUCGAGAAGCAUCUUCACGCAGUGAUAUAAUAAGUUGUAGUAAGUACAACUUCGGAGUCGGACAGUACUGGUGUCUGACGAUGAAUCGGCGGGGAAUGAAAGACUCCGUAUUUUUCACCAUGUGCAUUCCCAACUUAUCUAAUUCUCAAUGAUCAUGUUGGGCUUCGCUUCCGAGUACUGUGUCUGGACCUUCGUUGCUGUUGCGGGAGCUAUCUUCAUGAUUUACUUCCUGGAUUUUAUGGCUUCAUUACUUUUAUUGACACUACUGAGACUGACUCCUAUGGGCGAGCGGCCGUCAUGCCCCAUGCAUCUUCCUACUUUUUGAUCUCUCUUCGACUUUGUGCUAGAGCAUCAGCAUGCAUGGAGGAAGAUCCAUUAAUAAUGACCCGGCAGCUAGAAUCCUUUUUCUAUGAAUGGCUCGGGUAUUUUUGGUAUAGCCUGAGUUUGAUCAUAAGGAAAAAAAGAAGAGAACAACCUUUGUAAUCAAUAAAUUCAGGCUAGUACCAAAUACCAGAACCAUACAUUCUACCGGAUCUAACUUGCACUUCCGUCUCCUCAGAGGCCAAUGCUACGUUCCUGCGGAGACAGCACUGGUGACCCUAAACUUUUGGUACUAUUGGUCGGUGCCUUGCGGUAUAGUCGGGAUCAUGGCAGUCACCUGGUGGGUUAAAACGAUGUACAUUCGGAGUCCGUGGAGUACUUGAAGAUUAUACUUUAUUAUUUCCUUGAUACUUGUUUACAUCAGAUCUACAUUCAAAGUCCGUGGAGUGCUCUAAUCCUUCCUUUUGUCAAUAAACAAUCCCUUCUACUUAGUGUUUAACGGCUCCCUCACAAAGACAAAAUUCGCGGCCACAUUUGUCAAUCUUCUCCUUCCUCUAUCUCCUCCAUCAACAACUCCAGUUUUCUACAUUGCUUUCGUCGUUAUCCACUUCGCCCUCUACUGUACCGUCUUGAAGCGAAUUAUUAGACGGGAGGGACGGGAAAUGACGGAAGUCCCGAGACAUCCCUACGCGCCACCAUCCCUGUCAUCGCACAGUUCGGACUCAGACUCUACGGAUAUCGGCGUUCAGUAUAGCGAAUUGAGAACACUGCAAAUCUCACGAGGCAUGUACAAGGACUACUUCAACACAAACCCGGUCUUUGUGCUGCGACAACACUAUUUGAAUAAUUAUGGCAUGACCUCCAGCUUGAUUUUGUGGAGGAAUCUGUGAUUACUCUAAACCGCAACGCGAUGUAAAAUCCUUACCAUGAGUUUACCUCUGAGUAACAGUAAGUUUUGCUUCACCAACGGCCAGUAAGGGUCAUCUUCGAAGCACCUGACUAUGACUAUGACGCCCCCACGCAUCGAAGUAGUACAACAAUGUCUCCAGCAUUCUAUGUAAUAAUGAGCGAGCACUAGAAGAAACGACCACAAGCACAAGCGCACAUCGUGUAUGCUAAAGCUAAUUAUGUAUGAGUAUAUAACUUCGAUCUUCAUCCUCUAAAACGAAGGCGAGCCAUGGCAUCCAGACGCAGAUCCACAGCAUGACUUGCCAUUGCCGUAUGCUCUAGGCAAGCAGUACUUGCAAGACCACGACUUCUAUCACAUUGGGAACAUACGGGACGAGCUGUCGAAGAAAUCCGUAGGCCACUUCAAGAAGAGCGCUACACAGAUCAAGCUUUUUCAUACAGUGCCGCUUCAUAGUUAUGGUCGCCCUCACCAGGUUCAGUUUUCCAUUCUCUCCAAGGAUCUGGCUACUCGUUCUCAGUGAAUCUGAAUGUAAGAAGAGAAAAAUGUAACCGUAACGGGUACGGGGUGCCAAAGUCAGGAAAGAGAGAUGAAUGAGACCACCACUCUCGUCUUCCUGUUCGUUCUAAUGAGGAGAAGAGCAUGAGAUUGAGAAAAGUAAAAAGAAGAAAGCGAAGGCUAAGCAACGCGCUGGUGGAGGUGAUGGAGAGCAGAUCACAACAUUCGGCGAAGCUGUCAAGGCAGCCACAUUAGCUGACGAAACGUUAAUAUGGUCAACAGCUUUUUAUUUUCGCUUCAUCUACUCUGUCGGUAUCUGUAUCGCGCUCGCCUCGCGGUAACCUUUUUCUAGUAUGUGUAUGAAGUACUGGAGUAUAAUUAUGAGGAUUCAGGCACGCUCUAACAAAGGCCAAGGAAAGUAGUGAAGAUGGAAAGCCAGGCGACGGUGGCGAAACGAUGGCGCCCGAGGGAAUUGGGCGAAUGAAUGUUAUGGGCCGAAAUCAAAUAGACUUUUUUAGAUGAUGUUUUUUAAUAGCUGCCCUUGUGUACUAAUACUAUGAUAUUAUCUUCUUGUCCUGCUUUCCCUCAUACCAUAUUCGCCGUGUUUUCGUUGUGUAUCAUGAUGAUCUGUCUAACGCAGGAGAUGUAGACGACGGCCAUAGGUGGGAGAGCGUCCUCUCAGUAGCAGAGCCAGAGAGAGCAGAGCCAGAAGACACGACUACUGUAGUCGGCAAUCCCG